AUGGCCGACGACGAUUCUUCCGACCUGUCGUCGUUGUCGUCGCUGUCGCCAGUGCCCUCCGACAUCGAGUCUGACGCCGCUCCCGAGCCGGAGCCCAAGAAGGAUGGCAUCCUGAAGUUCUUCCCCAAGCUCGCCAAAGGCAAGAAGGCUUCUGUGGCCAAGAAGGAAGCUUCACCGCCCCCGCGCAAGAGGUCGCCCUCUCCGCCGCACGAGAACGCAUUCGAGGACAAUCAAGACAUCGCAUUCCUCGUCAUGUUCCGAAGCCGAUUCAACGAUGCCUUCCCCAAGUCCCUGGCCAACUUUGGCCCCCAAGAGCUCGAGCGCGACAUCAUUGAUAACCCUCCUGGCGAACGAGUCGAGGCGUUCCUCUGUGGACUCCUGUUCUUGCUCCUCAACCGCAAACAGGAUGUCAAGGCUGGUCAAUACUCGAAGGCUCUGGACGAUGCCCUUUCCGCACACAAGGCGCAGUGGCCGCGGGAGUGGGAGGGCGUCAACCCGCUGUCGGGGGGCAACACUUUCCACACCCUCGCACCCACCCAGAGACUCUCUCUACUCCGAGCGUUGGCCCUGUGGUCUCUCUCCGCGUCCGAGACCGUCAAGACGAUCAUCAACAAGUCCUACAAGGGAAACCGCCACGAAGACGACCUGAACCAACCACUCUCUGUCCAACCGUGGGGCUCUGAUAGUGACAAGAGGCGCUACUUUUUGAUUGAGGGUUUAGACGACACUGCAUUCCGUGUGUACCGUGAGAGCAACCCCGCCGGCUUUAAUCGCACGUGGUGGUCGGUCGCCGGGUCAAUCGAUGAGAUCAAGGCCCUCGCUGAGAAGCUGGAGACCAAGGACGGCGGACCCAAGGCCAGGAAGCUUGCUGAGAAGAUGAUGGCUGCAAUCCCUCGGUUCGAGGCCACUGAGGAGAAACGCCGUCGCAGAGAGUAUCGCCAGGCCCAGAAGGCUCGUUUCAAACGCCCAGAGCCGGGCUACUCAUCCUAUGAGGGCCGUACAAGAGGCAAGCGUAUCAAGUACAACUACUCCGACGACGAAGACUUCCUUACGGAUUCCUCAUACAGGCGCUCUGCGCGCAACACGGGAACCACAACACCAGCAGAACCCGCCGGGCCCGUCACCACUGCCAGCGGUCGUCAGAUCAAAGCCCCGACUCGCCUCAAUGCAAGCAGUGCCGCUGGUAGCGUCAACGGUGACUCUGGAGAUUCUCGGCAGCAAUCGCCUGCUCUUGGAGCCGGUGGCAGGCCACGCAGAGCUGCCGCAGUCAACCACGGCACCAAUGGAUGGUCGUCGAGAGGCACCCGCGGCCGGGGACGUGUUUCGACUGACGAGGACGAGGACGAUGCUAGUGAGCCUGACCUUGGUGAUGACGAAGAGGACCACGUCCCGGAUGAGAGCGAGGACGAAGAAGACGACAUGGACGGAGACGAACAGAUGCUCGAUGACGACGAUGUUAUUGAAGAACCGAAGAAGAGCUUGAUCGUCAAGCUAUCAGUAAAGAAGUCGCCGACCUCGGCAAAGACGGCCAUGAUUACUCCUGGGCCGGAGGAUGAGGCCGCCAGCAAUGGCCAGAUGGAUGAGAUUAUUGCGAAGCCCAGGGAGAAGACGCCGGAGCCUGUCAUCAAUGUUGCCACCAACAAGCAACCCUUGAGCCCUGCGGCACCGAAGACUUCUCUGGCUUUUAGAGGAAGCCCAGACAAGCCGCAAUCUCUGCCGCAGGCCGUCGACGUCGGCCACCGAGAGUAG